UUAAGUUGACGCUGAGAAACCCAAACGGGAUCGCGAACCAUACAGUAAACCACGUGGUGUUCCUUCUUCGGUGGUAUUUCCCACACUCCAUCGGGCACCUGAAGGCAGCUGCUUUCGUGUCCUACAACAUGGCGGCCCCGGAGCCCAGCCGCUGCUGUUUCUUCGUGCAGAAGAAGAAGCGUUUCUGUAAGAUGGUGGCGGGAAAAGGCAGAAAGUACUGCGGGGAGCACGCGACCAUGGAGGAGGACGGGGGUGGCAGCAGGAGGAUCGUCUGUCCUCUGGACCCCAAACACACCGUGAGUGAAGACAAACUCCAGAAACACUUGAAGAAAUGCAACUCCAGAGAGAAAGCCAAACCGGUUUACUUUGUCCAAAACAUCAACGCUGGAUCAGCUGAUGGAGAUGAGACGCUUCGACAGGUGAGUCUGUCUGAGCUCAGCAGGACUGAGUUGGAAACUCUGGUGGAUAAACUGAAGACAGCGUUCAAAGGACUGCAGUGCGAUCUAGAGGACAGCGUCCAGUCUCACCCCGCCCUCCACGACGAGCUCCACAACCCAAAGAAUGGAGACUCCGCCCACAAACACCUGAAGCAGCAGUCUUCCAUCUUAGGUCACAUGGAGGAGCUGGGGCUGCUGGGAAGGGGGCGGUGCUUUGUGGAGUUCGGAGCGGGUCGAGGGAAGCUGUCCCACUGGAUCCACGAGGCCCUGAAGACUUGCGAGCAUCUGAAGACCUGUGAAGACCUGCAGCUGCUGCUGGUGGAGCGCUGCAGCACCCGGUUCAAGGUGGACGGGAAACAUCAGGAUGCUGGAGUUCAGUUUGAGAGGCUGCAGGUGGACAUUCAGCAUCUGGAUCUAAGUAAAGUCCCUCUGCUCUGCGAGAAGAAACUGCCUCUGGUCGGAGUUGGUAAACACCUGUGUGGAGCGGCGACAGAUCUGGCUCUGCGCUGUUUGCUGGAAACUGCAGGACAGUCGGAGGAAGAAGAACCGCCCCAUAAACGCCUCAGACCAUCAGAACCAUCUGAGCCAAGGUCAGGAGGGGGUCUUGAAUCAGCACCAACAGGUUGUGGUCCUGGCCCAGUGCUGGGCCUGACAGUGGCACUGUGCUGCCACCAUCGCUGUGAUUGGCGUCACUACGUCGGGCAGCAGUUCUUUCUGCAGAGAGGACUCGGGGCGCGGGAGUUCUCUGCUUUCUGUCGGAUGUCCAGUUGGGCCACGUGUGGACUCAGACCGACCAAUCAGAGAGGAGAUGGCGAAGAGCACGAACCAGCAGAAGAGACAGACGCUGUGAAUGGGUUUCUGUCGGCUUCUGAACGUGAGCAGCUCGGCCGUCUAUGCAAACAGCUGAUUGACCACGGCAGGUGUCACUUCCUGCAGAUGAAAGGAUUCAGCAGCAAACUGACUCGUUACAUCAGCAGUGAUGUCACGCUGGAGAACGUCCUGCUGACUGCUGUACCCCUCACCCCCCACUCCUCCUGAUUGUUUGAUUGUAAG